AUGUCUGCCACUGCAGGACUGUAUGUCGCCAUUUAUGGCAAUAGCAUAGUCAGACACUGGGGUCUCUUUAUCGACGGGCCCACGGAGACGACGAAGACCAUUUUGCAUAUCACCAACCGCUCCGGCUCGUUUGUUCUCGAGAUCAGAAACUCAAACGCUCGUUACGCACGGAGCCUCUUGGAGUUGGUCUACCUUUGUACCGUGGAUGUUUCCAAGAUCGAUGAGAUCAAUGGCUGUAUCGACCAGGAAGACGAGACUUAUAUCAGGAACAAAGGGGCUCUCAAGGCCAAGCAGCAAGGAUUACCCUAGGCUGCAGGGUCUAACGGACGAUUACUCUUU